AUUUUACGCAUCAAGCUAUGCUGUAUCUUUUAAACAAAGGUUUAUUUAUUUGCUAUACUUUGAUGGAACAUAACCUUAUUUAUUUGAUAUUGUUUACAAUUUUAAUCCUUACAAUCAAUCAUGACUAACUUAACCCAGUCUCUAGACGACAUGAACUGAUUCAAUUGCAUCAAGUUUUCAUACUCAUAUGCCUUGUUGGGUUUUUAGGACAAGCUGUUGAAGGAAGCUACGGCCAAUGAAAACUCAGUAAGAACUAAUGCUUAUUUAAAAAAAAAAAAUUAUUAUUUUUUUGUGUGAACUUUGUUAUGCCAGUCUUUAAUUUUAGAUACAAUUUUAUUCAUAGAAGUUGUUUGUUUGUUAGCAUUGCAUCUAUUGUUAGCAGACUCUAAUUUUAAUAAGUUGUAAACAAUGUUCGUUGAGUCAUUGAGUGGUAGCUUUGGUAUUUAUGUUUACAAAUAAAUCAUUUUUAUGAGGCCUUAUUUGUCUCAAUUACUUUGAUAGAUUUUCAAGUUAUAAAUAUUAUAAGAUUAAAUAUGCACGAUUUAUUUUUAUGGUACCGAUACUUUAGGAAUGAUACAUCUAAUUUAAGGAAUGAUACAUCUAAUUUAAUAUGUUAUUUUUAUACCAUAAAUUUUCUUUUCACAUUGUCCAACACAAUAAAUGGUUUUGUUAAUUGGGAUGGUUACUCUUGAAACUAUUUUUGUUUGGUAGGUUGCCUGGCAUAAUCCUAUAGCACCAGUCCAGUAUGGUAAGGAGCGCCCAAUUGACCACUGUCCCUUUUUUGUUAAAACUGCAGCAUGCCGAUUUGGAGACCAGUGAGCAUUAUUAACAUAUAAUUAACAUAUCAUUAAUGGCUGGCUGUCUUGACAUAUGAGAGGCUAUAGUUGAGAUAAAUGGAAAUCUAUAGAUUUCUUAACAAAUUUAUAUUUAAAGGUACAAAAAAUUUAUGAAUACAAUUAAUGGAUAUGUGGUAUGUGCUAAUUGAGACAAAAUUAGGAUUACAUGUACCUAUAAGUGAAGAUGUUGUUACUUCCCUUAGCUUGUUGGAUUUAAAAUGUAUUUAUUGAUGAUGAAUAUUAAAAUAAUUGCAUUUAUUACUAAUAGAUAUGUUAUAUUUAGUAAUAGUUUGGUAAAAUAUAAAUAAUACCGGUAACAUCUAUUAGUAAUGGUAGAUAAAUAAGUUAUAAUUGUAUCCGUUAAUAAUUAAAUAUGUCAUCACUUAAAACAGUGGCUUAGCAGGGGAAAUUUUCCCCAAUUCCAUGAAAAUAAACUCUGCAGUUGGCAGAAAAUGCUGCCCCUACAUUUAAAGAAAAUGUACUGCCAAGCGCCCCCCCCCCCCCUUUCCCCCCUCCUACAUCACUCCUUAAGCAGCUGUAAAAUUUCUGGACUCAGUCGAAUAGUACUUAGAGUGAUGACCUAGUCAAACAGUUACUAGAGGUAUGACUUAGAUGAACAUACCUAAAGAGAUGACCUAGUCAAACAGUACCUAGAGUGAUGACCUAUCCAAACAUUUCUUUACCAUGACUACCCAGAUAGCAGUACAACUAUUCUUAUACCAAACAUGUUCUCGAGCUUUCAGCUGGAGCAGUCCAUAGUGGAUAAUAAUGACACAGGUAAAUAUUAAUGUACCGGGUAUUCUUAAUUCUUAAUCUAUCUUUCCAUCACUUUUUAUGUUUGCAUAAUAUAGUACAGCAUGGGUGGCCAACCCAAAAGUCUUUACUGGACACUUUUACUUCUAACUUUUAUUAACUUUUUUGCUGCCCUAAUGUUAUUACACCUGAUUAAUAAAAUAAAUACCAAUUAAAUGGUGUAUAUAAUAAUUAUUUGUAUAUUCUUGAUGCACAUAAUGAAGUGCAAAAUAAAAAAACUAGAUGGAACUAAACUAAUGUGAUCUAUGUUAAUAUUUUAUCUCACUUAGCUUUUUAAAUUUCUGUGUAAAUUGAAUGAAGAAAGAAGAAAUUGGCCAUGCUUGUAGUAGACUGUAUUCAUCAAGGCUGUGUGAAAUAAUUAUUAAGAUCAAGAUAUUUCUCAGCUUGUGUUUUAUAUUUGCCCCUACUUCUGGCAUAUGGAAAUGUUUUGUCCCGUGUGUAAGAGAUAUUGUCUAAACAUUGCUUUCAGAUGUAAGCCUCGAGUAUGAUGACAAUGAACUGUACCAAAGUUUCAAGGAUUUUUAUGAAGACACAGUACCAGAAUUCAAGACAGUUGGGACUGUGGUCCAACUGAAAGUGUGUUGUAAUUGUGAGCCGCACCUCCGUGGCAAUGUCUAUGUUCAGUACAAAAGGUUAGUUUCUGCCCCUUUUGGUCUUCUAGAGCAGGCCUGCACAACUCAAAAUGUAAGGCGGGCCAUAAUACAUUAUGAAAAACUUGUUCGGGCCAAAAGAAAAUAGGACAGGACUUGUGCGGGUCAAAAGAAAAUAGGUCAGGGGGGAAGCUAUUAAGAGAACAAUUAGAAUAAAGACAUUUUCGUUAUUUCGCGGGCCACAUGUGGCCUGUAUGUUCUAGAGGUUCAAAAUCACAUAAAGAUUUACCUGCCCUUAUUUUGAUGUUUCUUGCUAGUGUGAGUUUUUCAUUAAAAUGUUCCAACCAUUUGUUUUUCAAACAAAUUUAAAAAAAAAAGGAAAUAAGUAUAGACCAGCAUUUUUUUUUUAAACAGGGAGUCUGCUGCACAGAAGGCUUACGAAAAAUUCAAUGCCCGCUGGUACGGUGGCCGACAGCUCACUUGCAUUUUUGUCAACAUAGAAUCAUGGAAAGCUGCAAUCUGUGGUAGGUUAUGUUAGGGAUAGCUUGAAAAAUUUAAUAUGCUGGUAAUAGAUGAAACAGAACAAUAAUAUAAAUAAAUAAAUAACAACAUUUUUCAAAUAAUACUUUCAGGACUUGCUUCAAAGAAGAGAUGCCCCAAAGGGAAGUUCUGCAACUUUCUGCAUGUGUUUCGUAAUCCAAGAGGAGAGUUUGUUGAUAUGGACUUUGAUCAGAAUUAUUCAGAGAGACAUAAAAAUAAUAUUGAAAACACUAACCAUCCAAUAAACAAUUCAAAGCCAGAAUCUGUGCGUUCAAGUCACAUAAAGAGGCAUUACAAAUCUAAUAGCAGAUCACGGCGGUCAGGUUCCAAAUCUUCCAGUAGGUCAAGGCCAAGAUCUAGAUCCAAAUCGGUCAUUAGGUCAAGGCAGCGUUCUAGAUCUAAAUCUGCCAGCAGGUCAAGGCGGCGGUCUAGAUCCAAAUCUACCAGCAGGUUAAGACAGCGGUCUAGAUCCAAAUCUGUCAGUAGGUCAAGGCGACAUGCUAGAUCCAAAUCUGCCGGUAGGUCAAGGCGGCGGUCUAGAUCCAAAUCUACCAGCAGGUUAAGACAGCGGUCUAGAUCCAAAUCUGUCAGUAUGUCAAGGCGACGGUCUAGAUCCAAAUCUGCCGGUAGGUCAAGGCGGCGGCCUAGAUCCAAAUCUACCAGCAGGUUAAGACAGCGGUCUAGAUCCAAAUCUGUCAGUAGGUCAAGACGACGGUCUAGAUCAAAAUCUGCUAGUAGGUCAAGGCAGUCUAGGUCCAAAUCUGCUAGCAGGUCAAGAAAACAUUCAAGAUCAGAUUCUCCCAGUAGAUCAGAGCGUUCAAGAUCCAAAUCUGCCAGUAGGUCUAAUUUCAGUCUUAACUCUCCAUUAGCUAGCAGUUUGAAACAUAGGUCACAAUCCUUUUCACCUGAACAACCAACCAAAACAAACAAGAGGUCUAGAUCUUGUAGUGCAUCCCCGAAAAGAUCUGUGUCACCAAGUGAGACAUUCGGAAAUAAGAGUUCAAGAUCUGGGUCCUUAAGCAAAUUUCCAAGAUCUCAACAAUCACCAUCUUGCUCACCUAACACUAACAGAUCUCUCCUUAAUGUCAAUAUUAACAAAUCACCAUCACAUAACUCUAUUUCAUCACAAAACAGAGGAGAUUAUUCACUGAGCAAAGAGCUAACAAAAAGGUCUAGAUCACCAUCACAUAAUAGAAGCAUGUCAUCAUCAUCAUCUUGUGAUGAUUUUUCCAGUAGAGAUAUGGGGUCUGUUGGUCACAGAAAGAAAAGAAAAUGCCACAAAAAGAAGAAAAUCAGUAAUGGUAGUGGCAAGUCGUCAGAUUCAGAAGAGGAGAAUUUUUACGAAUAUGUUGAGAAAACCAAAGAAACACUAAUUCCAAAGUAAAUUGCAUUUUUUAAAUUAUUUUGGCUUUGUUAAAUAUCACUGUUGCUUUUUUGUUUUAAAAAAAUAAGCUAAUUAUUUUUUUUAAAUUUGAGAUUUUAUAAUAUUAAUAUAUUUUGCAUUUCGGUUAAUUCUGAUUUACCAGAGUAUUCACUUGUGG